AUGGAUCCUAUGGUCUUUGUUCUGGUAUAUGUUGAUGACAUUAUUGUCACAGGGCCAUCUGCAGCAGCUUGCAAGCAUGUUAUUUCUCAACUUAGCUCUCUCUUUCCCAUUAAAGACCUUGGUGCACUUCAUUGUUUUUUGGGAAUUGAAGUCAAGCGAUCCUCCAAAGGCAUCUUUAUUUCACAAACCAAGUAUAUCUUGGAUCUGUUAAAAAUGGCUAAUAUGGUUGGAGCAAAACCAUGUGCUACCCCACUCAGUACAUCCAAGCUGGAUCAUUCUUCUCCGUUGCUUGACAAUCUUGCAGAAUAUCAAUCUUUGGUUGGUGCAUUACAAUAUCUCACUUGGACUCAGCCAGAUUUAUCAUUUGCAAUCAACCUUGUUUGUCAAUUCAUGCACAAUCCAAGGCAGUCUCAUUUUCAAGCAGUCAAAAGGAUCCUUGGUCUUUGGUUUACAAAAUCUAUCUCUGUUCCAUCUCUCAAAGCCUUCUCAGAUGCUGACUGGGCAGGUUGCACACUUGAUCGAAGAUCAAUUGGUGGUUAUUGA